CCCGCUCCUCAGGCUGGGAGGCCUUCGCUCCGCUCCACACCUCCUCAGCCGCCCCGUUCCUACCCCCUUCCAGCCGCCCCGCCGCUAUGUAUGAGCGGGCUCCCCGCGUGCUCAGGUUCGCGGACGGCGGCAGCACCGAGGACCAUGUGGGGCCCGGCUCCUACCAGGUGCCGUUCCCGAGGCAGCAGGCCACAGGUGGAUAUGCACCAUUCCUUUCUUUGGUUGCGAGAAACACUGUUGCCCUUAACACUGAGGAAGCUAUUCCAGGUCCAGCACACUAUAAUGUUUCUGAAAAUCAGAAAAUUUCAAAGUUACCUUCAGUUUUCAGAAUGAUUGUUCCUUCAAUUCCUUCUUAUGGACCGUCAUAUGGUUAUCAUCUUAAUGAGGAUGGCAGUAUUAAAAAACAUCUUCCACCUGCUAGUGAUAUCACACUAGGUCCAGCAUACUAUAAACCUCAAUUUGGUUUUUCCAAUGCAACUUUAAAAUACAAAGGAAUAGAUUUUGGCAAAUCUUUGGGAAGACUAAAGUUACCUGUAAAGUCAGGGCCUGGUCCUGGAGAGUAUGAUAUAGUUCAGAAAAAGACAUAUUAUGAAAAUAUUAACAUCAAGAAAGAUCAACCAAAAAAUUAUUUAUUACAUCUCCCACGACUUUAUGAAGUAAUAAUAAUUCAGGAGGCAAAAAGGAGAUUUGUACCCAUGAAAUCAACUACCUCUGCUCCUGGCACAUAUAAUGAAAUUCAAACUACUUUCAAGCCCUUGAAAAAAAUAUCAUAUUCGAAAAAAAUCCCAUUUGGUCAAAGUGCUACUCGAUUUCCACAGGACUCCAACACAGAGGAAAUACCAGGUCCUGGGUCUUAUAAUAUUCUAAAUGAUACUGUCAUUGACAACUCUAGCAAAACAUGCUUAAAGAAACAGAGCAAAAGUGCAUUUGGGUCUUCUGCUCCUCGAACAUUCUUCUGGGAUCAGAAAAAAGCUUUUACUACUCCUGGACCUGCUGCUUAUCAGGAUAUUUCAUCACUAGGCAGCUGUAAUAUUAAAAAGUCAUAUGUGAUGUCCCAAGUUCAACAUAGAUAUAUGCUACCUUAUGGUUUUGUGCAUAAAAUAAAAUAUACCUCCUUUCAUAACACAACUCCUGAGGACCUGGACAAAAUAACUGAUGGACCAGACAAGUAA